AGAGUGCCUCUUAGAGAUCCGACUUGCGGCUAGCUGGUCGAUAGACUGAUCACCUAUCGAUCCUUCUUCCCGUCGCCGAACGCAGUCCCAGACGUACCCUUUCCCCGCCGGCUUGAAUUACGGAUGGAUUUACUGGCAUUGGCCUCGCCAGCUGGAGCAACUCACAUUGUUGUCCAGACCACCGAACCGUUUCUGUCGCAGCCACCCGCGACGUAAGUAAAGUUUUUUACAACCAUUAAACCUCUUCUGCCUCUCCAUUCACCAGCCCGCCCUGACGAACAAGUAAUUUCUGAAUCACCUCGAGUCAGUUCAGCCCGGCCGAGACAUGGCGACAAGGAUGGGAUUAAAGGGCACGGUGAGGGAGAAGAACUUAAUUGGGUGCUGCCCCUGGCGCACCAGGAACCGCCACGUAGAGAAUGCUAACAAUCUAUGGGCGCAUAUCGCUUACCACCAGGCGGUAGAAGGGGAGGAAAGAAGUAUUGAGGGUUACUUCUCCGUAAAAAGAGAAGAGGCCAUGGUGAAAGAAUGGAGAACAAAGCUAUCCCUAGGGGAGUUCGGAUGCAUAAUGGGGAGCGACCGGGUUUAUUAUCGGCCCCCGGAGGAAACAUCAACAAUAUCUCUCGCCGGGGUGAAAGCGCGGAAGGCAGAAAAGCUGACCCCCGCUCAGGAGUUUGCCCAAUGCACCCGAUACUUAAAGGGGGGGGGGAACCACCCCCACGGACUGGUUCAACUGUCCGGAUUUGGUGCCCGAGUCGCGGGGCCAUGAGCUCCUCGUUCAGCUACGGGAGGAUUUAGAAACUAAGGGUAGUCACAAGCCGAAGUGGGGUCUAAUUAAAUGGAAAAAGGGAAAGAUGAUAAAUGUGCUGUUCCGUGCAGUAAUGGGCCUACUGAGGGAAUACGCGAAUCUGGAGGCUCAGAUGUAUACUGCGGGAAAGGAGUCGCUGGAGCGGACAGCGAAGGGCUCCGGAGCAGCGUUUGUUAACAAUGCUAGCUGCAUGAUGCUGCUAGCAGAAAAUGGCGCCAAAAGAAGCGCGAGCUACCUGGGGAACCCGGAAAGGAGGGGCGGAGUUAUGGAAGACCCGGCGGGAAUUCCCUUGGUGACUCCACCCCCUGAGGUGACGUCGUUCCCUGCAACCAUGCCUCUUUACCAUGGGGAGGGGGCAAUGGGAGGAGGGAUAUACCCAAUGCUCCCAGAUGCAGAAUUUAACCCUCUCUCUGCCGCAGCGUACCCGAUAGCUGUGAUGAAGCAUGUUGAGGAUGAAGAUGGUGCUACACGUACCACCACUAUCUCUCGUACACGCACCAGACCAGAGAUACAAGAGCUUUGUAAAGAAUCCAAAAUAAGGCCGGAAGAAACCUUGGCCAUAUGGUUAGGAAGACUGAUAGCGGAAUUUGGAUUGGACCCUCUGGAUAAGGAAGAAGCGAGUGCCCUGACACAACAAGCAGCGUGGAGUGGAGGGCGCGCUACUGAUUUGAAUGUGGUCAUGGACAGUGCCCGCUGGCCCAUCCCACUCCCGGCGCUUGUGGUAGGACAGGUAACCCACAAAUUUCACACCUGGCACGAGGGUUGCCCGAAGAAGGCUACUGCAGAACAACUUCUCCUGGCUAUAGUUGGAGUGUUGUAUCUCUCAUGGAGCCCAAGAACAAAUCCAAUGGGACUAACAGCAGUCCAGCGAAAAGAGAGAUGGGCUCAUCGUCACCUAUUGGACCCUGGGGCAAUUCCAACGCCCUUGGAAGCUAUAGAUGCCUGCGUGGGGGUAUACGGAGGAGUGAAUGCUGUUACACUCUGACUCUUCUUGAACCCGAUGGCAGGUCAACCAAUGGGAAGUCUUUUAGGCCAUCUCCCACGAUUGCAGGCACUUAUGAAGCAAGAUGAGGAAGCUUCUAAUGACACAAGGGAUCGACCUUCAGCGUACCUGGCUGCAACAUUGAGGCCUAGGCAUCCAGGGUAUACCCCUCAGCGAGAGCCAUGGGGGUCACCUCCAAGGACCCCAAAAGAAAGAACCUCAAAGGAAGGAACUCUGAAGGAAAGAACUAUGUUCAGAUUUCUUCUCGCUCACACCGGACUAACGAAGGCUCAAUUGAGAAUUUUGGGAGACAAGGCCCAGACCAGUAUGGCUGAAGCAUUGGGAUUUAAUUUUGAGGAUCCGUCAAAAAAUGAGUAAUGGCCGUCGGCUCCACUGGAGGCCUUCCUCAACUCAGACCUGAUCCUACUGAUUCUUGACCAUAUGCUGAACUCACUGUUUACAACCCUACCGAUCCGGAUGACAAACAACAGGUAUCCUUCCUUCUCGAUACUGGAGCUCAGACCAAUGUGAUUACCUCAAUGAUACCUCAUGAAAAGACCACCAAGAUGAUCAAGGUACAAGGGCUUAAUGCUAUCACCAUCACAACGAAGGUCAAGUUUUGGGUUCAGGACCACCGAUAUCCCCUAAAGGCCGUUCUAGGGGGCAUCAACAUUUUAGGAAUCCCCGGGAUAAAAACGCUUGACCUUAAGGAACAAGUGCUACAGGCGUUACCCGUAAUUAUCCCAGAGCAGGACUGGCAUUGACCAACGCUUCGUGACACUUCCACCUGGCGAUAUCGGCCAAUCCCAACUAAGGAUUCUCUGAAACAGUCCCUUACUAACCUUCUGCAGCGACUUGAGCGACGAGGCUGUAUUAAGACCGUAACAGCCAGCACCUACCUAUCAUCAGGAUGGGGAGUGGUGAAGCCUGGGAAGCCUAAUGAAGCCCGGUUGGUUGUAGACUAUCGAGAAGUCAAUAAAAGAUGCUAAGUACUUCAACAACCUAAUCCGUCUACUUUGCCACAGUGUAUGUUUGAGAUAGCACAGUUCCAGGAAAGUCCAUGGGUCAGAGUUACAUUAGAUCUGAAAAAUAUGUUCUUUUCUAUCCCAAUAACUGACCCAGAGGGAAUACUGAAUAUGUGUAUUGAUGGCAUCAUGUACAGGUGGACAGUUUGUCCGCAAGGUUAUCUCAACGCUCCAUCGUUAGCCACUGGUGCCAUGAAUAACACCCUGAAGAAUUUUCGAGCCUUGCACUCUCUUCCCUCAGAAAAAGAAUUAAAAAUUUGGAGUUAUGUUGAUGAUAUUGCCAUCAUGGGUCGUGAUAGCUCUGUAGUUGCCAGAGUAGUAAGCCAACUGGUUGCUCACCUUCAAAGUGAGGGAUGGACAAUCAACGAGGAAAAGUCAAGCCUACAUCCUGUAGAUGACAUUACGUUCCUUGGCACUCGAUACACCAGUUCCAUCCGCCACGGAGUCUCGCGUGAGGGUCCUAACAUCGAUCCACUAAAAACGUUCCACCCUGUCACUAAGAGGCAUUUUCAACAGCUUUUGGGUCAUUUAAAUUGGUAUCGACAUUAUAUUGGACCUAGUGAUCUGGCACUCCUCGCUAAAUUACAACGACAAAUUCGUGACAAGUCCCAAAAGUCCACGCCUUGGACGGAAAAGGAUCAGCAGAAUCUGCUUCGCCUGCUAACCACGGUUAAAGGUACACAACUCCAUGCCAUCGAUCUGGGUGAGUCACUAACUGUAACCCUUGGAUUCACCACCAACCACGUGUGGGCUGUCGUGCACAACCCCCGCGAUGAGUUAGUAUACACGGCCCAUAAGACGCUCCAAGCGGCGCAACAUUGAUAUGGAGCUAUGGGAAAGAUUCUCCUAGCUGAACAACUGGUGGAGCCGUUAGCAAGGGGGCAUGGGACAUUGCGCGCUCCUGGUGCCACAUUGUUACACUUGCUGGACGCGGGAAGAAUCGACCCACAUUUUCAAGGGGAGUCUAAGACCUGGAAUACGCUAGUACUUUCCCACCAUUAUAAUUGGCAUUGUUGGAGGUUGGAGGACAUGGUACCUGAUCCAAGCCCAGAAGAUGAGGAAAAGGUUCCUACACUGUAUGGAACUUCUGCCCCAGCGUGGAUGGCCUCGGACGGAACCUCCCAACAUGAAGGAGGCUAUGGAUACUACUGUAAAGCUUGUCACGACAAGGAAAUAUUUCAAGCCGACCCAGAUGAUAAUUCGUCCCAAAAAUGUGAAUUAUUAGGAUUCCUGAAGGUACUGGAACAUUGUUUGAUGUAUCAUAACGAUACACUCCCAGUUCCAAUCAUCGCAAUUGAUUCACAGUAUAUCUACAAAAUUCUUACGGGUAUAGCUUUUCCCACCGAGAACUUGGAUGAUUGGUGAGAUAUCUGGAGGACGUUAACUAGAUUUAUACACCUUCCAUUGAUUAGACACACUAAGUCCCAUCGUCCAGAUACUGAUCCAGUGCAUGAGGUAAUUGAUAAGUUCUUGGAAGAUCCACUCCGGACUGACAUAGCCUUGCCUGUCACAUCUACCACUAAUUCUGAAGCAAAUCCACUCCUCGCGUGGCUUCACGAAAAUUGGGGUCACCCGGGACCACGGGCUUGUCAUCAACGUUGGUGCCGAACCAUUACAGAGCUCGCCUCAUAUGGAGCCAGGCGGGAUUGGGAAAAGGUAGCUCAGGCUUGUGAAACAUGUGCUAAAGAGAAGUGUCAUAAAACCAAGCAUCAGAUCGGAGCUUUUGAUUCUUUGCAGUUUCCGGCAGGAAAAGUUUGGCAGGUGGACCUGCUGGGACCCCUCCCAGGGUCUAAACCACCAAAUAAAGGACUAGUUGUGGUUGAUUUGGGGACCAGACAGUUACAGGUUAUUCCCUUGCGAAAAAGCAAUGCCACUGCUGUUAUUACUGCCUUAACUGCUGUGUUUGCCACCUGGCAGCCUCCUCAUGAAAUUCAGUCUGAUGGAGGACCUCCGUUUAACUCUAAUGCUCUGGAUAAAUUUGCUCGUCUUCAUAAUGUGUCAUGGUAUCUUCAUCUGCUGUACCAUCUGCAGUCCAACGGCGUUGUGGACAGACACAUAGGUCUAUACAAGGAGCAGCUUCGCCUUAAAGGAGGAGGGACAUUUAAAAAUUGGACUAAAUUUAAUCACGAUGUCCUUAUUUCACUAAACACUGCUAAGCCGUUAUGGGACAAAGCUAAUGUCCAAAAACCCCCACCUUGGGAGCUCAAGUUCCAACCUGACGAGUUAGUGUGGAUUUCAAUACCGCACCCCCAUCAGUCUCAUCCACAAGUUCACAAAGGGACAGUUCAACGGCCGGGACAAUAUCCCAAUACCUAUUCUGUCCAACUGGAAGAGAAGCCUGAUUGUCCCCCUAUUAUUGUUCCUCACAACUGGAUGACUCGCCGUUCCGACGUUCACCCAGUAUCCUUACAGUGAAACCAAUUAUGAUUUUUUCUCGUUGUGUUUUGUCUUGUUAUUCUGUUUUCUUCACAGGUUUAACCCCAGCAAAAGCGGUAAUUCACAACUACCUGAUUGUGAGACCAGACUGCAGUUCCAGUUGUGCCGUCGGCAAGGGGGCAUGUCAUAACCCAGUGAGUUUGGUGCCUCAGCACUAUGGCAUUUUCUUGACAUGCGAGAGCUUCUUGCACAGCGAGGGUUUUUGCUGCAUAAAGAACCCGCAUGCAGGAGAGAGUUCCCGCCAAUUUGCAGCUGUCUUUGCAGGAUGCAUUUCUCUUUGCAGCACAGAAAUGCGUGGUGCAAAGAGUUCCCGCCAUUCGGAUGUAAAUUCGUGCCCCGCAAUUGGCUAGUGCUAAAUUAUUCACACGUGGCGGCUGGUAAUUGGCUUGCUGGCCAUUUAAAAACUAGCGCGACUUCUGCCCAAGUCGAAGAGCUUUGAGCAUGCUGCAGAGUGCCUCUUAGAGAUCCGACUUGCGGCUAGCUGGUCGAUAGACUGAUCACCUAUCGAUCCUUCUUCCCGUCGCCGAACACAGUCCCAGACGUACCCUUUCCCCGCCGGCUUGAAUUGCGGACAGAUUUACUGGCAUUGGCCUCGCCAGCUGGAGCAACUCACAUUGUUGUCCAGACCACCGAACCGUUUCCGUCACAGCCACCCACGAUUCCUACUAGGCUACGGCACCCUGUUGUGAUGUGGAGGAUGAAGGCCCCAGAAAAGAAGCCCCUGUUUAAAAGAGAGAAGCCAGA